GCCACUUUGUGAAACUCUUCUUUCAUUAAGGAUUCACCGAAGUAGCAAUAUAAGAAGCCUUUCCGGUUGGUCUGAGCCCCACUACCUUCAGAUAACUUCUCCUUGUAACAUCUUCCUCGUAAGCAUGAUCCGCUAUGUGUUCUUGGCCGCAUGCCUCUUCUGCCUGUGUCAUGAGGCUCAUUCCGAAGGCCUUAAACCCUGGAAGGAUCAGCUCCUGGCGCCCUUCUAUGUGGAACCCUUAGCCAGAAUCUUCAUGGAUAAAGUGGUGGCGGUCAUGAUGGCGCUUAAGGGCCUGGCCACCAUCGCUCUCGCAGUCAUAGGGAUUCUCGACAAAGAAAGAGAUGACAGAUCCUUCUCCGACGCAGCCGACUCCCAGGCCCUCUUACUCUCCGCAUUAAGCUGGAUGGACACUCAAGGCUGCGUCCCUAAGAUGCUCUGCCAACUGGACCUGACCGAAGCAGACACAAGGACACUGGAGGAAAACAAAAUCGUCGAAAUUCUGUCCAACAACCUGGAUUCUUUUAGCCACCACGCCAACACCUCCGCUCUGCGUCCCGAGGCUGUUGACCUGCUGAGUCGAAUCCCUGAGCCCGAUGUGUGUAGCGCCCUCUUUAGCCAGUGUCCUAUUCCGGGGAAGCUGAUAAAGACUGUCCUGCAGCUUUUGGCGUAACGGGAGAUGAGAUUCAUUUUCAGAAGACGGAAGAGCCUAUGAAUAUGUCUAGUCAAAUGGAAAUGAGGAAAGGCAGUUAUCUGGAUGGCUUGUUGUGGUCUCAGUUUGUUUACUCAUCUAUCUUUUUAUCUAUUGAUGUCAUUACUAUUGUCUGUUAUUAUAUCCAUAUAUUUAUUAAGCGUGUCUGUUUAUGUAUUUAUCAAGUAUGUCUGUGUAUUCAUUCUUAUCUAUGCUUGGUAUUCUUAUUUAUUAUCGUUACUAUUAUAACUGUUAACUUAUAAUAAUGGUAUUAAUUUAUACUACUUAUGUAUCACAUAUUUAUAAAUCAAAUA